UCGCUGCUCUUUGCUUCCACUCAUUUGUCCUCCGGAAGAGGCGGUGGGGAACUGCCGCGGCAAACUGUUGCAGAUGCAGGCUGUCGGUCAUCAUUCAUUCAUUCAUCCACCCCCAUCUCACUGAUCAAUCAGUCCUGUGCUUGUGGUAUGACAGAGCCACUGAUAUCAUCUCCUUUCAUCUCUGGUUGUAAUCGAAACCGAUCGAGGGACCAACCUUCCACACAGCCCCAUGGAAGACGCACAGAUGCUUCCGAUGCCACGCUGGCAGAUGGCCGCCAACUGUCAUCAUCCAGUGCUGCCGCCAUCCUCAUGCAAAGCCUAACGCUAAGAAGCGCGCGGGCGCCGAAUUUCCACGCUUGCAGCUUAGUUGAGCGACCCGGCUCAGUGGCGGCUCGCUCAUGCAUAGAAAGAUGGGUUUGGACCCGCGCUGGGUCUUCCAUCUGCAACACUACUCGCAGGCCAUGUGUGACUUUUGGCUGCCAAAAAAGAAGAGGCUGGCGACAGCUGGUCCACUGUGCUAUUCCUAUCUCAUCCUCCCGGCUGGAUCAAAAGCUGCACGGCAGGGGAAAUCAGCAGUUGGGCUCUGACACGUAUCGAACUAGCCGAUGCGCUGUCCUUCCGCCUAAUGCCUACUAAGUCUUAGGGACGGGACCAUCAACCAACAUGCCACAUUGCCCUUCGUAAUUCCUUUUUCACUUCAGUGAUGGUGGCCACACAGGAAAUGACGUCCCUCACCGUGGUUGCAAUUGGUGCCCGAUGUCUCAUCUCCGCUUGGAACGGCGGCGAGGGCAGAAUGAGAAUUAACGGACACAGCAGGAACUAAUAAGACAAACAGACGGCGUUCUAAUUG